AUGAUCACUAAAUGUUGCAUUCAAGGUGGUGUCUUCAAGCUCGAGUUGUUCCUGCCCGACGACUAUCCCAUGACUCCGCCCAAGAUUCGAUUCCUUACCAAGAUCUUCCACCCCAACGUCGACAAGCUUGGCCGAAUUUGUCUCGAUGUUCUGAAGAAUAACUGGUCUCCCGCGCUGCAGAUUCGAACUAUUCUCCUCUCCAUUCAAGCUCUCCUCGGCGCUCCGAACCCGGACGACCCGCUGGCUGCCGACGUGGCCAAGACCUGGAAGGAGGACGAGCAGGCGGCGAUCGCGACGGCAAGAGAGUGGACGAAGCAGUAUGCUGUGCCGAAAUAG